GUCGCGAUCCUCGCCUGUCUUGAACUACAACCCUUUGCGUGCUACGAUCUGAACUGUUACUUUCAUUAUGUCACUGGUUGAUCUCAACGAAGACUGCCUGAAUGAAUGUUUACGUAUACUAGACACUCGUUCGUUGACUCGAUAUGCCCUCACUUCGCGAUCUGGGCACAACAGAGCCAUGCGCCACCUUGUUCAGGAUGUAACUUUAAAGCGUCGGGACCAGGCCUAUGCCUUUUGCCAAUGCGUCCUCAAAUAUAACCUCUGCCCCCUCAUUAUCCGCCUAAGUCUCACCGACGGUACAUCCACCUCCUGCUCGUGUCCCUACGGCGUAUUCUCCGACGCAUUUGCGGAGGUCAUCGAGAAGGCAGUCAACUUGAUAUCAUUGUCAUUCCGACGUGCCACACACCGCCCGCCCGAAGGUCAGAAGUUGGACUGGAAUGCAGCCGCACUGUUGACGAUGCAGAGUCGUAUUUCCGAGACUUUGCGAGCACGGCCACCGACCACGUUAUACGUUGACGGUGCCAAUAUGGAGGUACUACAGGUGCUCGAAGGCAUUCAAGGCAUCGAAAACCUCUCCCUAGGAUAUGACACCGACAAGGGCAGCGUCGGGGAGUCCCAGAGCACCACUCUCGAUAACAUUGUCCGCCCCCUAUCCCACACCCUACGCACAUUGUCCCUGGGCCUCACUCGAAUUCCUUCUUACCUAAAUCUUACUACAUCGCCGACGUCGGACGCGUUCUUCCAGUGCCCGAAAGUUCGUACCCUCACACUCCUAGGAAACGGACGCACACGAACGACCCUACCUCGCAUUCUGCGCGCAUUUCCUAACCUCACACGUCUAGCGCUCAACAGCCCUUCAUCCAUACUGCCUACUGGUCAAUUACCCGAGAGCGAUUUCGAAGAGGACGUGGAGUUGUCCGCAGAGUCACUCUGUGGUACAUUGCCCGGGGAGCGUGGCCCAAUGAUCGAGUCCUUGAGCGCAGAUGUCUUGAUCCUCAAGACUUAUGGGCCUCAUUGGCCCUGCCUUCGGUUCCUCAACCUAACCUCAGGCCCCUGGAUCUAUCCUUCGAAUUCCUUCCAGUCGUGCGUCGACGCGCUCAGCGGCUGUCCAAUCGAAGCAUUGAUCCUGACGGUCUACCACACGGACAAAACAUCCUUCUUCGGGAAAUUGGUGGAUGUUCUGCCAAAGGUGAGGUAUCUGGAGUUGAGGACGAAGUUCAUCAUGGGCGCAAGUCUGCAAGAGAGUAUGGAUCUGCUUACACCCGACCUGGUGGACCCAUACUCCCUUCGACAUCUUCAGUAUCUACGCGUUCACCUCGCCUCCUCAGUGCCACGGCAACAGAGUAUUGGCGUUGGCCAUCUCGUCCCAAGGGGCCCUUCACGUUUAUUCGCAGACACGAUUUUAUUCAGAGACACACGUUUAUUCGUGGACACUAUCCGACACAGGGCCGACGCCCAACGUCAGGAACAAGCCCUCGCAUCGUCAUUUUCGCAAUCGUGGUUCCGCGACACGGCGGGCACUGAUUCCGACCUGGCAACGCCGACAGACAGGCGCAAAUUCCCUAGUUUGAAGUGUGUGGAGGUAUCGGGUUUGUAUAGUGCUAACCCAUUCCCGCAGUCCUCUUACUGGGGGAUUUCGACUAUGACCGGGACCCGUGACGGUGUGCAAGGUUCCGGAGGUUCCAAGAGCCCUUUGGAUGCGAUGAUGGACAAGGAAGAGGCGGAGAUGUUGAAGGAGCCUUAUCUGAAAGAGUUCUUAGGCCUGCAUUUGGCCUCAUUCAAUCGCAUGUAGGAUGCCAAGAGACAUUGAUACGUGGAAUCGGAAUGGGCUGGAUAUGUGGACGAUGACGAGCUGGACUCUACCUUUCUCGGAUGCCAUACACUGGAUACCAACCUAUGACGGACAUUUAGCAAUCUUACGGAUGGAGGUGGCAUGGAAGCGAUGGCGAUGUAACAUAUUCUGUAGUGCUCAA